CAACAUUCCAGACAUCUCUCGGUGCGUGCGUUUAGACAGCGACGCUUCGCUCAUUCUUGUAUGCUGCCGCCUCGAUGCCACCGUAUUAUUCUUUCUAAAGAAUGCAUUCAUUUUAGGCUCUCGUUUUAGACUGUCAAUAGUCUCCUGGUCGUUUCAGGCUCUCGCGUCAGCGGUUGCCCGCACCGUGAUUAGCCCGUGUCGCUCGCCCUUACCACGCGUCCUUAUCUCUCAUCAGUGUCGUUCUGCCGUUUCAUUAGCCCGUACGAGCGUGUUACGGUGAGGCCCAGUGGUCGUUUCUCUCCGCUGCGCUGUAGCAUGCACCCGCUGACAGUGUAGCAUCCCGCUUGAUGGGUUUUCAGUCGAACCAAAACACAUUUGCAGGACGCACCCCCUGACAGUGGGUAACUUCCUCUCGAUUUCGCAGCAGCCACUAAAUGCUCCAACUCCCUUAUAUAGUAUCUGCCUUUCAGUACUAUAGCUGGCUUCUAACAUUGUAACACUGUAGAUUCGCUUAUUGCUGUGGCUGCGUUCUAAUACUGUAGUAGCGCUCCCUCCUUAUCCCUGUAACCUUCACUCCGGUGGCAUGCCGCGUCCGCAUCAUCACGCCGUUUGUUUCGCCUCACAUUAAAAAAAUAAAUCUGCGAGGUUUCUGAUUCGCUCUCUGGUCUGAAAUUCGUUCUUGUCCAUGAGCUACAGCACACGGCUAGCAGUAUGUGAUUCUUGAGUCGACUAAACAAAAAACUUAGCUCUUUUCCAUGAACGACAGUAAAUGGCUAGGGGACGCCCGUUACGUUCUGCCACGGAACGAGAUACUCGGGGGGCAGGGGGGAAGGGGAAGGAAAAGGGCGCAGAGAACCAGGGGAACGAGGCGGAGAGCAGGAGUACGGGCAUGGGCACUAGGAGUAAAUGUAGAGGGACGGAGCGAGGCGGAGGGCAGACGAUGGGACAGAAUAGGGGGAGGGGAAAUGAGGAGGCGAGGGAAAUGUUUGAGUGCUUUCACCGUGGCAGCCUGUGGGACGUGCGUGUGCUGGGCCCAGGGGAAGGGGGGGGAGAGGCGGGAGAGCUGGGAGUUGCAGGGGUGUUGACUGGAGGAGUCGAGCAGAUGGGGAGGCACGGACGUGGGCGGGGGGCCGGAGAGAGGGGGGGCCAGGAGGGGGCGGAGCAAGGGGUUGAGGGAUGUGGGCAUGGAGUGGGUGAUGAUGAUGAGAGGCAAGCACAGCCGGGGCACAGUCCGCAGCAGCAUGGGUGGGACCAUGGCGGGCUUUCACACCAUGAGCACGGCCCCACUGACGGCACCUCACCCCAUGCCCGUGCCAUGAGCGGGUUGGAUGUCCUGCGGCAACAACACCCGUCUGCCCUUCUGCCCUUGGGCCCUCCAGACGACUGUCAGGGUCAGCGUUUCCCUUCACCAGCAGCAGACGACCCACUCAGCCUGCCUCAUGAUUCCACGUAUCACCAUGAGGAUUCGAACCCCGAUUUGAACCCCGACUUGAACCUUGAUUUGAACCCCGAUUUGAACCCUGAUUUGAACCCCGAUUUGAACCCAGAUCUGAACCCCGAACUGAACCCCGAACUGAACCCGGAUCUGAGCCCGGGGUUGCAGCUUGAAGAGCUGAGCCCCAGUUUCCAUUACGAUGAUUUCAACCCGGGCUUGCAGCACGGGGUAGGAUUUAACCGGCGGCUGGAGCACAGGGAAGACUUGAACCCAGGUUUGCAGCAGUACCAGGUGGCGUACCCGCGGUUCGAAGGCGAGGACGAGGACGUGGUGGGGCUGCAGCAGGGAGGCCUGCCGCAAGGGAGCCUCCUCCAGCAAGGGGGCCUGCAGCAGCAGCAAGGAGAUUUGAGCCUAGGGCCGGAGCACAGGGAGUCAAACCCGGGGUUGCAGCUGUACCGGGUGGCGUACCCCAAGUUCGAUGGCGAGGACGAGGACGUGGUGGGGCGGAGGCUGCGCCUGCGCUCGCGCAAGCUGAAUCCGGGCGAGUGCAAGCGGGUGAAGAAGGGCAUGCUGGUCGUGGCGUUCGUCAAGCACCCUGAGGGGGACCCGAGCGUCGAGGCCGAGGCCCAUUACGACGCCAGGGUUAUUCACAUCGAGAGGAAGAGCCACAAGGCCCACAAGCGCUGCACGUGCACCUUCUACAUCCGCCUCUUCCACCACCACGUCGCCUGGCCCCCCGCCCAUGCCCCUCCCGCCGCUCCCUCGCAUGCCCCUCCCGCCUAUCCCGCCCAUGCCCCUCCCGCCGCUCCCCCGCUCGCCUCCUCUCCCCUUGCUGCUGCACCAGCAGCAGAAGGAGCAGCAGCGGCAGUGGCAGAGGCAGAGGCAGAAGCAUCUGGGGCAUCGUCCCAUGCUGAUGACAGCAGCGGCAAUAGCAGCGACAGUGACAGUGACAGUGAAGACUGCAGCAGUGCCAGCGGCGAUACCAGCACUGACAAUAGCGAUGGCAGCAGCAACGGCAGUGGUAGCAGCGAGGAGGAGGAUGGUCCGGGUGAUAGCCCCACCUGCUACGUGGCGGACGACGGCAGAGACAGCACACUCAGGUGGACCUUGAUCCGCUGCUCCCUCUCCGCUCUCUGCGUGCGCGUCAACCCCCUCUACCCCCUCCCCGAGCUGCUAGAGAAUCACCUGGCAUCUAUCGGACAGGCGUACCCGCUAGAUAGGGUGGCAAGGUGGCCUAGGCUGGGGGGAAAGAGCGGGGUUGUUAUGACUUCUCCUGCCGGCGGUGCUGCUUUUGAUGGUGCUGAUGCUGCGGAUGGUUUUGAUGCUGCUGAUGGCUUUGAUGCUGCUGAUGGCUUUGAUGGUGCUGGUGGCUUUGAUGCUGCUGAUGGUUUUGAUGGUGGUGCUGCUGGGUUUGCCGGUGCGGAGGACGAUGGUGCUCCCGCUGGUUACAGCAUGGGAGGGGAUGGUGUGGGCGAAGAUGGCAUGGGAGGGGAGGACAUGGGAGGGCAUGGCAGGUACUGGAAUGGCAUGUAUGGCAAUGGGAACGAUGGAGAGCAGGGGCCGGUUAGGGCAGCAGAUGGCAGCCACAGCAACAAUCCGGCUGCUGCUGCUGAUGGUGAUGGUGCGCUCUUCGCGCCUGGCAUUGGAGGAGGUGCAAGCGCUCCUUAUUCACCUCAUGCUCCCCCAUCUAACGAUGCUCCCCCAUCCAACGAUGCUCCCCCAUCCAACGAUGCUCCCCCAUCCAACGAUGCUCCCCCAUCCAACGAUGCAAGCUGCUCCCUUCCCCCCCCUCCUCCCGGGAUUCCUGGCACUACUGGUGCUGCUGGCACUGCUGGUUCUGCUGGCACUACUGGUGCUGCUGAUGCUGCGCUCUUCGCACUUACCGCUGGAGGCUCUUCUUUUCCCCCGCCUAUCGAUGGAGGCUCUUCUGUUUCCCCUUCGAUCAAUGGAGGCUCUUUGGUCCCCCCAUCGAUCGAUGAACGCUGUUCCUUCCCCCUGCCUCCUGUGCGUCCUGCCCCUCUGCCCUCAUUCGCAAGCGGCAACCGUUGUGGGGCCGAUGUGAACACCAGUGGUUGUGGGGCUAGUGCACAUGAUAAUGAUGUCGGGUGUAGCUCGCAGUGUUGUGAUUGUGCUAGUGCAGACAGGGUUGAUGUUAUUGCUGCUGGCAGUGGGACUGGCGUAAACACCAGUGGUUGUGGUUGUGCACAUGAUAAUGACGGUGGGUGUAGCUCGCAGUGUUGUGGUGCUGUUGGCGCUGACAGGGUUGAUGCUAUUGCUGGUGCUGCGGAUGGUGGUGGUGGUGGUGGUGGUGGUGGUGGUACCAGUGGUGGUGGUAGCUGCAGUGGUGACGACAAUACUGCUGAAGCCAGCUCGCAAUCCCCUAGCGUUGCUGUUGCCCAUCAGCUUGGCUCUCUAGGAAUAGCUGGAGGGGUGACUUUUGAGUCGACUCAAAAGUCACCUCGUUACAAUGUCACGCAACACUUUCGCUCUCUAGGAAUAGCUGGCGGGGAAGGAGAUGACGGGAGGGCGGUUGAGAGUGAGGAGAUGGUCAAGGGAGAGGAGGAGAAUAAAGCGGAAGAGGAGGCGGAGGAGGAUGAUGAGGUAGUGGAGGUACAGUUGGGUCUGCAGGAAGGCGAGAGAGAGGAGGAAGAGGAGGAGAAGAAAGAGGAGAGAGAGGAGAAAGAGGAGGAGAAGGAGGACGACAAGGAAAGCCAGUGGGGGGAGGGAGACAGAGAGAGUAAGGAGGGUAGGGGGGGGGAUGAUGACGAUGUUUUGGAGGUGGAGGUGGAGGUGCAUGGGGGAGCGGAGGAGGAAGGGGAAUGGGGUGACGGGGGUGCAGGCGGAGGAGGUUGGGAGAGGGAAGGAGCCCGUCCAAGGGAGGUUGGAAGUGCUGCGUUGGACGGUUACAAUCGUAGCUCUGACGCUGGGACGAUGAGGGGAGGUGGUGCGGGGAGUGAGGAGAGACAUUUCGUAAGGGAGAGGAAGGGAGUGGAUUUUGGGCGAGACAGUGAGACGGGGGAUGGUGCAAGGGAUGCUGAGUUGGAGGGUUACAAUCGUAGCUCUGAUGCUGAGACGAUGAGAGGAGGUGAUGGGGAGGGUGGGGAGAAAGAAAAUGGAGAGAAUGGGAGAGAGGGUUGUGGGCAAGAUGGGAAGAAGGAGGGUUGUGCACGGGGUGGGGAGGGAGGAUAUCGGGGGGAUGGUGGAGAGGACGUUGAGUGGUGGAAGGUUGAGGUGCAGGAAAGGCCGCAGCAUUUCUUGAGGAGCAGGAAACGGUUGGAGGAAGGGAGAGGAGAGGAGUGGAGGACGGGGAAACGGGAAGGAGUGGAAGCGAGAGUAGAGGAACGGAUAGCGGGGCUAUGGGGGCAAUUGCGCAGGGCGAGAGGCCAUCGGGUGUGCAGGCAUGCCCCUCCGAAGCUGCUGUUUGAUGCUUCACCCUCUAAUGCUGUCGCACGAACUGCUGCAUCACCUGCUGCUGCUACUCCUCCUACUGCCACACCUCCUACUGCCACGCCUCCUACUGUCACGCCUCCUACUGUCACACCUCCUACUGUCACAUCUCCUACUGUCACGCCUGUCACACCGCCUACUGCCACACCUCCUACUGUCACGCCUGCUACUGUCACGCCUCCUGCUCCCACGCUUCCGCCUGUCUCCUCUCAGCAGCACCAUAGCACGCCACAUGUGGGGGCAGACGCACAGGGCGAACAGACAGGAAGCUCAUCUGCCACUGCCCCUGCAAUCCCGAAUCCCACAUCCCGCACUAUCACCUCUCAGCAGCAGCACCAUAGCAUGCCACAUGUGGAUGCAAGUGUACAGGGCGCAUGCAGAGGCAGCUCAACUGCUCCUCUUGCAUCCACCGUCCCUCCAUCCUCCCCCCGUUCAUCCACCAUUCCACCACCCCCCCUCCCACCAUCCUCCCCCCCUCCGUCCCCCCUCCUUGCUCCCACUCCUCCCCCCCCCACUCCACCUUCCGCUCUCAACUCUCCCGCUGCUCUCAACCCUCCCGCUGCUCUCAACCCUCCCGCUGCUCUCAACCCUCCCGCUGCUCUCAACCCUCCCGCUGCUCUCAACCCUCCCGCUGUUCUCAACCCUCCCGCUGCUCUCAGCCCUCCCGCUGCUCUCAGCCCUCCCGCUGCUCUCAGCCCUCCCGCUGCUCUCAGCCCUCUUGCCAUGGAUGAUAUCUUUCGGCUGCUCCGCACCAUCCUGGGCCCUGUCAGCACGACUCAGCGGGCCACUGGCAUGACUCAGCAGGUCAACAAUCUGACUGAGCAUGGCAACAGUACAAAUCAGCAGGCCAGCUGCGUGACUCAGCAUGCCAGUGGCAUGAGUGCUGGCGGUGCGACUGCUGGUGGUGCCACUGCUGGUGGCGUGGGUGAGGAGCAGGCUAGUGCACUGCUGCAAGGUCUCAGCCAGGUUCUGCCUUGCAUACUCACAGCAGUGGUAACUGCUGCUGCUGCGCAGCCAAGCGUUCUGCCCUCUCUGGCGCACUCUUUCAGCCAUCUGCAGCUUCCCACCCAACCCUCUCCCCCCACCCAGCCCUCUCCCCCUACCCAGCUCUCUCCCCCCACCCAGCCCUCUCCCCCCAUCCAACCCUCUCCUCCCAACCAACCCUCUCCCCUCAACCAAGACUCAGAUGCCAGUCAACCCUCUCCCCCCACCCAACCCGCUCCCCACAACCAAGUCUCUCCUCCCACUCAACCCUCUCCCCCCACCCAACUCCCUGCAAGUUCGCCUCACCGCUCCCCUGUGGCUACCCCUAGUGUUAUGAAGACACAGGGGCAGACGCAGCAGCAGGGGGAACAAGCGUUGGAUUUUGGAGGAGAGGAGCAACAGGAGCAGUGGGAAGGGAAGGAGCAGGAGGUGGAGCAGGGAUCAGAAGGGAGAAAGCAAGGGGAGGAAGAGUGGGCAGAACGGAGAAUGCAAGGGACGGAAGUGGGGGCAGAAAGGAGGGAGCAAGGGGGGGGAGAGGGGCGAGGGCAGUUGCAGAUGAUGCAGGAGCGAGUGCAGCGGCAGGGAUAUGCUUCUGAGUCAACUCCGACGCGGGCAACUGAGCAGCACGGGGGGAUGCAGGGUGUGGGGCGGCACGAGGGGGGGCAAGAGGGCAGGGGGAAGAGGGAGGACGGUGGGGAGCAGAGGAAGGGACUGGAGAAGGGAAGGCAGCGUGGGAGGGGAGUGGAGGGGCGACGUGUGCAAAGCACUGGAGAGGGAGAGUGCCAGCAGAGGGUGGUGAUUGAUCUUUCAGAUAUUGAUAGUGAUGCUGAUGAUGGUGGUGCUGGUGAUGCUGAUGAUGGUGGUGCUGGUGAUGCUGAUGAUGGUGGUGCUGGUGAUGGUGAUGAUGGUGGUGCUGGUGGUGCGGGUGCUGGUGGUGCUGGUGAUGCGGGUGCUGGUGGUGUCGCUGGCCGUGCUGGUUGUGCUGGUGCUGGUGCUGCUGGUGAUGCUUGUGCUGGUGAUGCUGCUACUGCUGUUGCUGGUGCUGCUGUUGACGCUAGUAGUGGUGGCGAUGACGAUGCUGAUGAUGCUGCUGAUGAUGAUGUUAGGGAUGUUGUGGUGGGAGUAAGAGAAGACCCUAUGGACCAAUGGUCCGGAAGUGAGAGCACUAGGAGAGAAGUUGAGGGUUUGGGCUCAGGAGAUGGCGAGGUGAGAGGGAUGGGGAGACAAGGGGUGGGAGGGGAGGUGAGGGCGGAAGGAGGGGAGGGAGAGUGUAGGGAGGUAGAUGUUGUGAGGCUGAGAGUGUGGAGUGAGGGGAUAGAGGUGGAGGAAGGGGAAGUGGUAGGAGAGGAGGAGAGCGAGGAGGGGGAGGAAGUCGAGGAAGGGGAGGUGAGGGAGGAAGGGGAGGUGAGGGAGGAAGGGGAGGUGAGGGAGGAAGGGGAAGAGGUGGAGGAAGGGGAGGAGGUGGAGGAAGGGGAGGAGGUUGAGGAAGGGGAGGAGGUGGAGGAAGGGGAGGAGGUUGAGGAAAGGGAUGGUAGAAAGAUGAUGGAAGGGGAAGGGGAUGAUGAUUGCUGCCGCCAGCGCAUGACAGGGCACCAGAGGGGAGGUGGUGAGGGUGACAUAGGGAGGGCGAGUGGGAAGUUUGAGAGGGAUUGCCAGGAGCCUUGCGAGGUGAUGGAAGAAAGGGAGGAUGAAGCAAGGGAGGAAGGGGAUGAUCUUGGUUGCGGAGAGGGCUUGAUAGGGCCCCAGAGGGGAGGCGGCAAGGGUGACAUAGGGAGGGCGAGUGGAAACAUUGAGAGGGGCGGUCAGCGGCCUUGUGAGGCGAUGGAAGCAGGGGAAGGGGAUGGUGGUGGGUGCAGCCAGCGCAUGACAGGGCACCAGAGGCGAGGCGGUGAGGGUGACACGGAGAGGGCGAGCGGAAGGAUUGAGAGGGAUGGUCGGAGGCCUUGUGAGGCACCCUCUGGGGAGGCUGCUUUUGAGGCUCCAAGCACCGUGGGCUGUGAGGUGCAUGGGAUAGGGUUCGUUGGCAUAGCCAUGGAUGUUGAGGUGAUAUCGCUGUCAGAUGAUGAGGGGGAGGAGGUUCGAGCGGAGGGGGGGAGUUUGGGGGUGGGGGAGGGAGGAGGGGAGGGGGAGGGCAGGCCUGGAGGGAAGUGUGAACGCUUGGGAGGAGAGGGAGAGAAUGCGGAGAAGGUUAUGGAGGAGAAGAAGGAUGAUGAGGAGAAGGGAGAGGAUGCAGAGAAGGGGGAGGAGGGAGAGGAGGAAGAGGAGGGGGAGGAGGGAGAGGAGGAAGAGGAGGGGGAGGAGGGAGAGGAGGAAGAGGAGGGAGAGGAGGGAAGGAGUGGAAUGGGAAGGGUGUAUGGGGCGGUGCGAGAGAAAGGCGAGGAGGGGAAGGGGCAGGGGCAGGGAGAGGAGGUUGGCGCAGGAGGGGAGGAAGAGGAGGAGAGGAAAGUGAGGGAGGAGGAGAAGGAGGAGGAGGAGGAGGAGAAGGAGGAGGUGAAGGAGGAGGAGGAGCAGGAGGAGGAGAAGGGGAGGCAAGUGGAAGUAAUUGUGCUAUACGAUACUGAUGAGGAGGACAACAAAGAGUGUGAUAAUAACGAGGAUGAUAUCAGCAAGGGCUAUAGUGAAAAGAUAAGUGGAGAUGGAGAGAGUGAGAGGUGUGGUGUGAGCAGGGGCAGUAGAGUGAGGGGAGGAGAGGGGCAGGGAGAGAGAAGUACACAAGGAGAUGAGGAAAGAAGAGGCGGUGAGGGAGAUGAGAUGGUCCAAGGGAGAGAGUGUGGUGGGGAGGAGGAGGAAUCAGAAUUAGAGGAAGGGGAAGUCCGAGAGGAUGGGGAGGAGGAUGGGGAGGAUGGGGGGAAUGAUGAGGGCGGGGGAAUAGGGAGAAUUGGCGGAGGGGAGAUAGGGAGCAUUAAGGGAGGGGAAAUAGGGAGAAAUGGGGGAGGGGAAAUAGGGGGGAACGGGGGAGGGGAGAUAGGGGGGAACGGGGGAGGAGGGGAGAUUGGGAAUGAUAUUGGGGAUGAUGAGGAGGAUGGGGAGAUGAGGGUUGAUGAGAGAGGAAGAGGUGUUGGGGGUAGGGAGAAUGGGUGGGAGUCAGAAUGCAGUGAGGAGGAGGCUCGAGAUUGGAUAAGGAGGAAUGUGGAUGGCCAAGCGAGAGCACUGCGAGGAGCAUGGGGAGGAAGUGUAGGAGGAGGAAUAGGAGGAGGACUAGGAGGAGGACUAGGAGGGUUAAGAGGGCAAGCAGGCUCAAGAGGGAUGCAAGGGUCACACUGGGUGAGCGGGUCAGGAGGAGCGAGAGGUUUGUGGAAAUUGAGUGGGGAAGGGGAGAAGGGAGAGGAGGGGGAGGUCAGGGAACGGGGUGAGGUGGAGGUGAUAGAACUAGAGGAUAGUGAGGAGGAGUUGGAGAGGGAGGGGGGUGAGGAGGAGGAGUGGGAACGAAGGAAGGCGGACAGAAGGGAGGAGAGACGGGAGGAGAGAAGGGAGGAGAGAAGGGAGGAGAGAAGGGAGGAGAGAAGAGAGGAGAGAAGGGAGGAGAGAAGGGAGGAGAGAAAGGGUGGCGAGGAGGGCGAGGAGAAGGAGAUGGAGGAGGAGGAAGCAAGGAAGGAGGAAGCAAGGAAGGAGGAAGCAAGGAAGGAGGAAGCAAGGAAGGAGGAAGCAAGGAAGGAGGAAAGGGGAAUCCAGGAGGGAGUGGAGAGGAAAAGAGCGAAGGGCCAAGAGAUAACUGGAAAGGUGGGGCAAGAAGACGACAAUGAGGAUGAGGCAGAAAAGGAGGAAAGGGAGGAAAUGGGGGAAAGGGGGCAAAUGCUGGAGAAGGAGGGAGAUGACGAAGAGAUGAGAGUGGUGGAAGGGCAGGAGGAACCGGAGAAUGCUUAUGAGGAGCAAGGGGUGGAGGUGGUCGAAGAGGAAGAAGAGGAGGAAAGGGAGGGAAAGGAGGUAGGACUAGAAAUGCAGGAGGAGAGAAAAAAGGAAGAGGGACCGGCUGGUGGGGAAGUGGAGGAUGAAGAAUGGAGCCUGGGCAAGAGGACAGGGGAAGAUGGAGAGGCAGUGAGGGAGGGUGAGAGAGGUGUGUUGGGAAGGGAGGAGGUGAGAGAGGAGGAGGUGAGAGAGGAGGAGGUGAGAGAGGAGGAGGUGAGAAGGCGGGCGGAGGAGGUGGGAAAGGAGGGGGGUAGGGAAGGGAGAGCAGUGGAUGUUGGCCAUUGCAGCAGCACAGAAGAGCGCAUGUGUAGUGAGCAAGAUGGGGUCCGCCGUGGGAGUGCCGUGGAGCCUCUGGGAGAGUGUGGCGUGGGUGAAGGGGGGGGGGAAGCUGAGGCUGUUCAAAAGCAAGUUGCAGUAGUUCACUGUGCGAGUGCAGUGGAGUGUGGCGUGGGUGAAUGGGAGAAAGGAGUGGGGCAAGGGAGGACGGGGGGGGGAGCAAGACCGCACUGGGAGGAGGAAGGGGCGAGAAAGAGGAAGAGGGAUGCACUGGAGCAGGGGAGGCACGAGGGGCAGGAGCCGCAGAGUGAGAGGGGCGAGAAUGGGUUGGAGGAUAGUGAACGGGAGCGGGUGUCAUCGAAGGGGAGGGGGGAGAAUGGGGGGGGGAUUAAUGAAGGGGAGAGGAAUGGUGUGGACACAGGGGAGAAUGGGGAGGGAAACUCAAGCCAUAGACGUGCUUCUCACGCCUGCUCCGCUCUGUGCUUCUCCUCGCCUACAAGCCUCUGUCUCUGCCUCUGUCUCCGCUCUGCCCCCCACACCUACCUUACACACGUCCUCCUCUCCCUUGCAGCCCGCAUCUUCCCCACCCCCCACCUCCUCACCGCCCUCCUCCUCCCCACCCCCCUCCUCCUCACCCCCACCUCCUCACCACCCUCCUCCUCACCCCCCACCUCCUCACCACCCUCCUCCUCACCCCCCACCUCCUCACCACCCUCCUCCUCACCACCUUCCUCCUCAUCACACUCUCCCUCCUCCCCACGCUGCACGUCCUCACCAGCCACAGUUCUCUGGCAGCCUUCUCCACCUUCCCUCUCCUCCUUCCCGCCAACCACACCCCUCGUUUCUGGCACCUCCUGCCAUAAGGCCUCCCUGUCGGACCCAACUCUCCCCGGUUCUCCCUCCUCCUCUCGUGCUGUUCCUCCCUCCCCCACUACGCCUGCUGCUCCCUCCCCCUCUCUUCCUGUCGCCUCUCUUCCUGUUGAUCCCGUUCCUCCCUCCGCUUCCACCUGCACUCCUCCUUCCGCCUCCGCCCCUGCUUCUCCCUCUCCUUCCCUUCCUGUUGCCUCCUUCCCUGCUGCAGCUGCUGCUGCUGCUGCUGCUGCUGCUGCUGCUGCUGCUGCUGCUGUAGCUGCUGCUCCCAACCCCUGCUCUCCUGCUCCUGCUGCUUCCCCUGCUGCUCCUCUCACCCCACCCUGUCCCCCAGAAGCAAGUGCAGCAGAACAGCCGCAGCAGCUAGAAAAGUACAGUCAGCAGCAGCAGCUACAGAGACGCGUGCAACAGCAGCAGCAACGGCGCAAUGGGAAAAGAGCCAGGAGAGAGGAGGCAUUGGCGAAGGAGAGGCAGCAGCUGCUGGGAGCAAAGGGCGCGGUGCCCGGCUAUGUGGUCAACAUGUGGCUGGCCCACGCCAAGCGCAAUGGACUUGGGACCACUGAUGGGCGAAGCGGGGGAGGUUCUGGUGGUGGUGGUGAUAAUGGUGCUGUUGGUGAUACAAGUGCGGAUAAUGAUGGAGAUGGUGAUAGUGAGGACAGUAGCAAUGGCGACAGUGGUAGCUCUUGCGAGGACAGUGACGAGGAGGGUUCAGAAGGAGAGGAGCGGCAGUCGGCCCAUGGUGCUCGUGCGCAUGGCAGGGCACCUCCGGUCUAUGGAGGGCCAGGUGGUAUGGGAAGAGGAGGCAUGGGUAAUGGCAUGGGUAACAACAACAUAGGGGCAUACGAUGUGAUCAGGAAUGGCGUGUGCCGAUACGACAGGGGGCGGCAUGAGGUGGAGGAGGAUGCGAUGGAGGGGGAAGUCUGCGCCAAGUGCGGCCUCGUGCUCAGGAGCGCGCACGAGCUGUCCCUGGCCCUUAACCGCCCGUCCCCAGGCUGCGUAAUCACUGUCGCCCGCCCCCAAAUGAGCCUCAUGCAGCUGCAGGCGCUGCAGGGCCGGCGGGCCAUGGAAGCGGCCCUGGCAGAGUUGCGCCAGGAGGAGCAGCAGCGGGCACAGACAGCGCAGCAGCAGAGGGAGCAGCAGCGGCGGGAGAAGCAGCGGGCACGGGAGCAGCAGCGGCGGCAGCAGCAGCUGGGGGAGAUGGAGGUUGGAGUGACGCACGACUGCUGGCCGUCGGAUUUCCUCCGGUGCAAGAUGCAGAGCCACCAGAUCGCGGCGUUUCGGUUCAUCUGGCACCACCUCGUGGCUGGGGGAGGGGGAGGGGGAGGAGGGAGAGAGGGAGGGGGGAGCGGAUGUGGAGGGGGGGCAAAGCCAGAGCGGAACGAGCCAGGAGGGUGCAUUUUGGCGCAUGCCCCGGGGACGGGCAAGACUCUGACCACAAUCGCAUUCAUCGAGAAGCUCUUCUCCCUCCACCGUCUCAACCGCACAAGCACGAGUGGGAGUGCAGCAAGCGCAAGUGCGAAAGCAAGUGGGUCCUCCUGCGCGAGUGGCAGUGCCGCGCGCAUACUUAUCGUGACGGAGCUAUCGAUCGUGGACACAUGGUGGGGCGAGUUCCCCAAGUGGAUCCCUCAGCAGCACCGCACGCACAUCCCCAGCCUCAAGGUCAUCGAGGGCGGCGGUGGGCUCAGGGAGGCUGAGCGGCUCGCCAGGGCGUGGGCCGUUAAGGGGGGCGUGCUGAUUGCGACUUACAGGUUCUUGGAGGGCGUGAUUGAGAAGAGGUUCGAGCAUUUGAGGACAGGGGCACAGAAGGCAGCCGGGGGACAGAGGAGAGGGGUUGUGUUGUCGCAGGGACGGGAGGACGGCGGGUGGGUGAGGGGUGAGGUGCGGCGGAUUAUUGUUGAGGAAACGGAUGUGCUUAUCUGCGACGAGGGCCAUCGGAUCAAGUCGCCCUCCACCAUCUCGCAUCGGGCCCUGGACCGCCUGCACACUCGCCGUCGCCUGCUACUCACGGGCACGCCGCUGCAGAACUCAACGCUGGAGCUGUGGGACCUGGCGUGCUUCGUGCAGCGCCCCCGCAUGCACCAAGCCGUCUUUGGAAUGGGCAGGGGGGUGGGCAAAGGGAGAGGGGAGGGGAGGAAAACACAGCAUGGGGGGAUGGGGAUGGGCGAGGGGAAGGGAAUGCAACAGAGGAGGAGUGAUCAAAAUGGCCAGCCCGAUAGAAGCGGUUUUGAGGCAUGUAAAACGGUGCUUAGGGGUGGAAGGAAGGCAUUGGGUGGUGGUUGUGAGGUUGGGGGAAGUGGAGGCAGGGGGGAGGAUGAGGGAGUGUCAGAGGAGGAGGAUGAUGGUGGUGAGGGGGAGGAGGAAGAGGAGGAAGAAGGAGAAGAGGAGGAAGAGGAAGGGGAGAUGGAGGAGGGGGGUGAAGGCGGGUAUGGAUACUUGAGCAAGAGGGAGAGGAGGGAGAGGCGGCGAGCUCGAGCUGAGUUCGUACGGAUCUUUGAUGUGCCGCUGAAGAAAGGGAGAACGAAGGAUAGGGGGGGGAGAAGGGUGCGGGGGGGCAAGGGAAGGUGGCAAGAGGAGGAGCAGGAGGAGAACGAUUUAGUGAUGGCGGAGGAUGAUGAAGAGGAGGGGAAUGUGGGAGAUGAGGAGGAAGGGAGGGAGGGAGACGGGGAGGAAGGGAAGGAGGGAGAGCGUGGGGAAGGGAAGGAGUGGGCAUCGCCCAAGGAGAGGAGUGGGUACGAGGGUGUGGCAGGGUCAGAGGAGUUUCCGCUGGUGAAGGUGCAGGGGCUGAAGGCGCUCAUGUUCGACCUUGUGCAGACAGACGGCAACGUGCUGCAGGGCCGGCUGAGAGACCUAGUGGACGUCACUCUUCUCCUGCACCCCACGCCUCUCCAGCUCGCGAUCCUCAAAGCCUUCUACUCCGCCUCAGUGCAGCCCCGCCUAGCCCAGCAGCAGCAGCAGCAGCAGUCAUUGCGACACAACAUCAACAACAUCAACACCAGCAGCAGCGCUAGCAGCGCGGAGUGGCAGCUGUCGAUGAUAGACCUCAAGAUAGUGGGCAGCCUAUGCGUGCAUCCAUGUGCCUUCGCCUGGAAGCUCAACCGCGGCAUCCGGGGCAUGCCGCAAGCGAUGCACGCCAUGCGCUCCUUCCAGCCCUCAGCGCUGUGUGCCUCUGGCAGGGUAGGCUUAGAAGGGCAGGGCGCUUUAGGUGGAUCGCCUCCCAAAGCAAGUAGCGACAAAAUGGGUGCUGGCAAGGGGAUGAAUGGCGAGCCGCAGUUUUUGGAGCGCAACAGGGAGGCGUUGAGUGCGAUGUGGGGUGCUAUAGAGCGGCAGCAGGGCGCGGAGGUGUCACCGAAGCUGGCGGCGAUGGUGGCGAUUGUGCGGCAAGCAGUGCGCCUGGGGGAGAAGGUGGUGGUGUUUGCCGAGGAGCACGUGCACUUGGACCUGGUGGUGGGGUUGCUAUGCCAUGCCAUGAGCUGGAAGCGGGACGAGCAGGUGUUGCGUGUGGACGGCAACAUGACCCAGGGGCAGCGCAGCGACGCGUUCGAGCGCUUCCAGAAGGAGAAAGGCCCGCGCUCAGCGGUGAUGGUGGCGGCAGUGAGGGCGUGCGGCCUGGGCAUCGACUUCACUGUGGCCUCCAGAGUCGUCAUGCUGGAUGCCCUCUGGAACCCUGCGUCUGAUCAGCAGGCCAUCUCGCGUGUGUGGCGCACGGGACAGCAGCGGCGUGUGCAUGUCUACCGGCUGUUGGUGGAGGGGAUGGGCGAGAUGUACAAGCUGCGGUGUGCGCAGGCCAAGCAGCGCCUCUCCCACGUCAUCUUCCACUCCGCUGCGGGGGGUGCUCUUGCUAGUGCUGGCACAUCCUCCUCCCCCAACCUGAAUGACACCUGCCUCGCAGACCCCAUUCUCCGCCACCUCCUCACCCUACCCUCCACCAAUCCUCAAUCUAACUCCACUCACACCGUCUCCUUCGGUCCUCCCUCUUCCAGCCCUCGCUUUGCUCAGCUUCAUUUGUCUCCUGAUGCCUCUCAGUGCCACCAGCCACCGCCACACACUGGUGUGUCUGCCACUGAGAGGAGCGACAACGGCUCGCAGCUGUGUGGGCAGCACCCAUUAGCCUGUCUGGGAGGUCACUCUGACUGCGAUGGGCGGCGGCUAAUUUGUCGGGUUGAGUUGCAGAGGAAUGGUGUCGCAACCACUGUACAUAUAGAAUCGUAAAAGGGUGUACCAGUUGUAUAUAAUUACACUAAUUGCGUGUGGGAUGCAGGAAACUAACAGCAUGAUGGAGCUAUAUUUAGAUGAUUGCAAGAUGUGUGAACCAAUGCAAGGAUGCUUUAUACAUGAGAUGUUAGUUAUCAAGAACAUGGUGAGCGUAGGCAAUUUAGAGUGGGAGUAAACCAGAGUGGUUAGAGGCUCUUGAGAGCUCAUUCAAAGGUACAUGAUAGUAGUGGUUUAGCGUGCUAUGUUU